GAUUGCAGCGCGGUCCAGUCUGCUGCUGGAAGAGCAAACCUGGCAACCUGGCAGCUUGUCCGGACUGGAGACCGUUGGCAAUCUGGCAAUGCGGAAAUAGAUCUGGCACCCCCGAGCCCGGACCGAGGAGAGAGGCGUGACUGAGCGAGCAGAGAGGAGAGUGGAUUGCAUUGGCAAAGAUAAAAUAAUAAACUAUUUCUUUCUUGUUGGCUUUUUUCUUUUUAAAAUAAAGUGCUCAGGUGCGCUCGUCUGCAUCGGCUGGGAUUUUUCCAGCACUUGUUUUUCAACCACGACAAGUCUGGGAAGAAGGAAAGAAGAAGUGCGUUUUUAUCGUUUGGAUUCCGGACUUCUUUACUGACUUUUCCUAUUUUUGUAUCGAGCAUGGAUGUGUUGGCGAAUUACAGUAUUUUCCAGGAACUCCAACUCGUUCAUGACACUGGUUAUUUCUCUGCGAUGCCUUCCCUGGAGGAGAACUGGCAGCAGACAUGUCUUGAGUUGGAGCGGUAUCUACAGACGGAGCCCAAGAGACUCUCAGAGCUCUUUGAUGAGGAGCUGGACUGUCUCUUAACACCAACCUUCAUACAGGGCGGUGACAGCGACGAGGACCUGAUGGACCCCCUCCUCCCCAACCUCCCUGACCAGCCCAGCCCACCUCCACUACUGAUAACCCUCCCCAAGGUCCAGGCCAAAAUCCUCCAGGUGCCCAACCCCAGCAGGACCCAAGCAGAGGCAGGUACUGAAACCCUCACCCCAAAGGACCAAGUCCUCGCAGGAGUCAGUGCCGCACAGCUCAGUGCCGCUGUUACAUCCCUUACACCGCCAUCGUCACCAGAGCUCGGCCGCCACCUCAUCAAGCCCACACAAACACUGACCGCGACUGCGGACGGUACACUAACGCUCAAAUUUGUGGCAAAGAAAGUUGGGUUUGGAGCGGCUAAACUGGUGGCAGCACGAGCAUUACCAUCACCGCCAAGCCGUGGAGGAGCCCUCAGUGACAGCGAGCAGGGAGGAGGAGGAAGUCUUGGAGGAGACAUACCAGAAAACAAAAAGAGAGUCCACCGAUGCCAGUUUAAUGGCUGCAGGAAAGUUUACACCAAGAGCUCCCAUCUGAAGGCACAUCAGAGGACUCACACAGGUGAGAAACCCUAUAAGUGCUCAUGGGAAGGCUGCGAAUGGCGUUUUGCCCGCAGUGAUGAGUUGACACGACACUACCGCAAACACACCGGAGCGAAGCCAUUCAAGUGCAACCACUGCGACAGGUGUUUCUCUCGGUCGGACCACCUGGCCCUGCACAUGAAGAGGCACAUCUGAGGGGAAAAAAGAAAAGGAGUGGGAGAGGAGAAGAAGCAAGAGGAUAAACAGGAGGAGGAGGAGAAGAGAUAGGAGGAGAGAGGGAUGGGCAGUCGAGCUACCUACCGCCCUCCUCAUUCGCCCCAUCCAUCGGCGGCCAUGACGCCUGCAGGGCAGCGCAUCCAUCUGGGAGCGCCAUAAAGAUCAAAUGGACGGCCCUCUGAUUGGAGACAGGGAUUAGAGGAUUAGAGAGGUGUAGCUGGGUUGUUUUUUUUCUUUAAAAUCACACACACUCACACACUUGCAAUAGUGAACACUCAUAACACCCGUCUUUGAAUGCAUCAUCCCGGUGAACCCCGGCUGCUCUCAUGCGGCUCUGGGGGCUUGGACACUGCCAAACAAACAUAUACUUAACUUGCUUGAUGAAACAUUACGCAGCCUUUUUUUAUCUUUCUUUGUAGUCAGUGUGCUUAAACAGGAAAGUUACUUUAGGUGAGGAGAUAGUUCAGUGGGGAAACUUUAAAUAUCCAUGCAGUCAGUUGUAAGUGCUUUACCGGCUUUUGAAAUCAAAUACUCAACUUUUUUCAUUGUUUUUUAAUGUUUCUCAUACAUGGGACACGAAACCAUUAUCUGCCGCAGUCAGCUCCAGUAAUCUAUGUGAAGAAAACAACAACAAAUCUGCUGGAGAGAGACUGUAUGGAUUGACUUCUAGCAUAGCUGACAAUCGAACCCAGGGCUCGGACACUGGGUGUUUCGGUGCACCCAUGGGACCUCGGUCAGCGGGUGCUGCUGCAACUCUCAGGCUCUCCUCCAGUGGGUGUUUGCAUCUCUCACCUUCACUGAGACACCUGCUGCCUCCGCAGGCUAACUGACAGAAAUGCGCAGCGACACUUUCUUCCCUUUUUUUCUACUUAGAAGGCGAUAAUUCUUCUUAUUGUUGUUACAAAGAAUGACACUUUGCUCUUUUCUCGCUUGGAGAAAAUGUCUUAAAAACCACUGAAUUGUGUUUGAGAAAAAACUCAAAAUCUAAGAUGACUUCAACGGAAUGUGUGGGAUGAGAAGGAGAGCGUUGCUGGUCUUUUAAUUCCCAUGUGCACCGGAUCUGCUUCUGCAGUCUGUGAGCAACCAGUGGAUGAACAAAAAAACAGAAUCAUACUAACUCUCAGAAACGGAAUUUGUAUUUUUGUUGGACUAAAAUAAAAGCAGAAAGCAGAGAGGUCUUCAGUUGUUUGUGCUGCUCUUUCUGCCCUGCGAUUCACUCCAGCUGAAAAACACAACCCUUGCAUGACCCUUCGUGGUCACUGCACUCUACCGGAGUCAGGCGGAGGACUCGCUAAAGGAAGGAAACUUGUUUUUUCUUCUUUCUUUGUUUUCUUGUUGAUUCUGAGAGCCAUCCUGGAGCUCUUUCACAGACUUUGAGUUCUCAUCUCCCUGGCAGCACUACAGGGCAUGAACGGAGGCUGAAGAGCUGCUUUUUGGUUACUCACUCAGCUUACUGGGACGCCAACCGACCCAUGUGUUGUGGUGCCGAACAAACACGGUCACAUUGCCCCGGUCAAAUUUUGCCUGUUUUGUAUCCAUUGACUGCACUGACUUCUUUUCAAUGUUAUCUGUGCUUUUUUUUUUCAACAGCGAUAAAAGGAACACAAAGAAAAAAAAAUCAUAAAAAGACUUGAAAAAAUACGACACAAAAAAACAAUUCUGUCUCGCUCUACACAUUGUAUACAGAACAAGCACACAUAUUCCAUCAAACACACACACACACACACACACACACACACACACACACACACACACAUACACACAGACUUACACUGCAGUUUCUUUGCUCACGGCUCCUCUUGAGAUAAGACUAAUAAGAUUUAGGAAAUAAUUAUUAAACUAAUGAACAGAGUUGGAAAACAAAACACUGCAUGGCAGGCUUUAUUGCCAAACACAUAACACACACACACACCACAGCACACACACAACACACACACCACACACACACACACACAACACACCACCCCCACACACACACACACACACACUUCCUUGAAUUCUAUGUUCUGCUCCCAGAUCUUUUUUCACAGUAGGAAUUUAGCAACUGUUGUUUAGUAGAAGAGGAUCUUAGCUCUCGGCUGGAGGUAACCGACUAUUUCAAAUCUUUUGAAGUGAGAAAUCAGCUUGUUCUUCUCAGUUCCAACAAUCACCCACGUAUCCCUCGCUACAGUUUGUGCCUCUCAUCUAAUCAGCGUUUUUAAUUCAGAGACAUGGUAUGAAGUAUUGUUUUCAUCAAAAUCAACGGAAGGAAAACAAUUGCAGCAGGCCGUUUAUCCAAACAUGCUGACAUGUCCAUAAUCCUCAAACAUCUUUCUAUCCUGCCUCUAAUCUACAAUGAAAUUGAAUGUCUUGACCCAAACAAAGAUAGCAACCAGAAUCAUCAUCACAUUUGGUUACUUAAAUCUGGUAAAUCAGCUUUAUCAAUUAUUGAAAGUCUAAAUCGACUUAAACAUAGUUAUUUAACCUGGAAAUCAGGUUUCAUAAGCAAACUGUCAUUGGGAUCACAAGCUCCUUCAGCUUGUUUAAUGUUGAUGUCCCUAUGACAUAUAUUUUGUUAAUAGAGGAUUAAGUCUUGUGCUAAGACCAGCAUUAAUGUUGGUGAUAUUUUGCAAAUAUAUCAAUACAUUUAAGUAGAAUUAGCACAGUGAGAGUAUUGACUCUGUGCUGAAUUUAACUUUGACACACUAAUUAGCUAAAUAAAGAAGUAAAUUAAUGCAGUUUAAUGGCCAAAGCAUUUCUAUUGGAUUAUAUCCCAUAACAGCUGUUUGCUAGCUCACUAGCUACUAAUACAGCUAGAGGACUAGCUAGCUUGUGGCGGUGCUUACAACAAGAAUAGCGUAUGAAGGAAUGUUGUUUUACCACUUCUUUCUGUGAUCAAGUGCUUAGAGGUUUAUGUGCAUUACAGUAUUCAAAGAACACACAUCACCUGCUGGAUUUUCAAAGCUAUAAUUGAUAGAUUUUUUUUAUCUGCAACCUGAAUGUAAACACUAACAUCUCCAUUGUAAAAAAUGAUGCAUGAGAGGCACACACUGUAGCAAACACACAUAUCCACGCCUGCUUCCUUCGCUUAACGGUUGCAGAAAAAGAAAACUUGCCUUGUAAUCAGGGCAUUACUGAUACACAACUGACACCACUGCUCCAUCCACUCACCACCACCUAUAUGCCCCGUAGCACAUGCAAACAGUCUAAUUCUUGCUGCUGUUGACUGGUGUAGCUGGGUGAGGGUGCAAGGUUCCUGAAGCUGGCGGGGGAUUUUACAUCCCAGCGUGCCCAGUCAAUGUGCCAGUCGGCCUUGCCAGCCUUCAUUAGGUAGAAAGUGAAAACAUUCCCCUCCAAGCGGGUUUAUGGGGCAGCUUUGAACAAUCAAUACCAAAAACCUCCAGCGUGGAACUGCCCUUUAGCUACAGGCAGAGUCUCCCCGGUCAGGAGAGAUCAGCAGGAGACCGCCUCCAUAUGAGGCCUCUGUAUCCAGCGGCAGCUUUCUCUACUAACUCUCUGUUUCUGCUAAAUACGACAUAACCAACACAUGUUUGAGAUGAAUCCAGUGUUUCACUUUUUUUUUUUGAUUUCACUGUUAGGUUUCUGUUACAAAAAGCUAUAUUGAUGGUUGUUUUCUUCAGCUUGGAUGACGCAAAGUCAUGCCAAAAUGUUGAGGCCUGCAAUGGGAUGUAGGAGCCCUCCUAUACAGGAAGUACAAUCAUAGAGGGAUAGAGAUAGUAGCACUUUUGAGGCUUUUGAUGGCAUGAAUGUGUAUAUUUGUGUGUAUGUGGCACCAUUAGGCAUACUGUGAGGGAAGCAGUGAUUCAGCAAAGUGGUUGAUAACAGAUUUUAAACUGCUGGCCAUGUGUGGGAAAAAUACUGGUUGAUAAAUUUGCUGUUUGAAAAUGCUUUUUAAUCCAAGCAAAGGCUGACAAUGUUUUUAUUACGUUUAUUUUUUUCUUUCCCUUCAUUCGUUCAGAAAUUCAUUCAUUCAUUCAUUCAUAGUCAUGAAGCUUGAUGACUUGAGUCAAAGACAUGCAAACUCGCACUUUGUUUUAAAGGAUGCUAAAAUCAGACUCCUCGCUGCCAGAUUAGUUUAAAUGGCAGUUAUCUGAAGGACACUUAUGGCUAAUUAUUUUUCUGUUUAUUUUUCUCCUUCCCAAGAAUCUCAAAACUGGUGAAGAAGAAACAAUAAUACAAAUAUCUGGAUGUAAAUAAGAUCUUAAAAAUAGCAUUUGCAGCUCAAACACUGUAGUUUUACCAUUUUGAAUGAGCUGCUAAUACCACAAGAGGACCUAUUUUACAGAAAACAGUGGGGGUCAGUCAGUGUCUUCUUGCAGUAGCUUUUCAUGCAUGGUCACCCGAAACUAAAAUUGAACAAUGGUUUAUCGGCUUUUAAAAAAUAGUACAAUUUGUUUAGGUGAAAAUCAAUAGACAAUGAGAAUGAUGAACCUCAAUUACACUCUAAAAAUAUUAGCACGUCUGUGUUGUUUUUUAAGAUAACACAUUGAACAUUUGUGCCCCAAACUGCAUAGACGUACCAAGUUGUUGAAGAAUUUGUACACCAAAUCAGAGCGUACAUUUUCAAAUAUAAAUUUAUUGUAGUAAGUACUGAUAAUUGUAGUGGCGGCCAGCCAACAAAUACAACUCAUGGGUUUUCUCCUCUUUAAUUAAAAUCUGUCUUGACAUCCGACAGAUCUCUCAAGUCAAUUCAGAUACAACUUCACAUUUUGGAUCCAUCGUGUUAAAGCGGUUUUCUGUCACAGUGUUGCUCCGGGUCUCCUGUCGUCUCUAAGGCUCCUCCAGGCCAGUUAGCAGCCGUACCACAGAUCUGAUUAGCAUUAGCACUCUUCUCUAGUUGCAGUUCAGCUAAUGAGAUAGCUCUGGGUCACAGGGAAACUGAGUGGUCUGGAGAUGAGAAAAAAACAAAACAACAGGGACCUUGAGCCCGACCGAUUCCCGCUCUCCGUACCCAGUGGACAGAUUUGAUGUGAAACAAACUCCAGUUAGAUCCCGUUAGCAUUGAGAAAUGCCAGGAGAUAGGGAGAUAUUUGUCAAAGAGACUAAACUGUGAUGAAAAAAAGGAUUUAAAAAAUAAUUUACCCACAUGAAUGUCCAAAUCAUUAAAUCAGCCCUUGCAUUUUAUCUUUUGGAUUACAGAUAAAAUAAAUUACCAUUUAUCAGCAAAGUCCCUACAGAUAUUUAAUCCACUCUGUGUACCCCAACCCUCUCUCUUUCUUCACAUGCUAUUAACGUUUCCCUUCAUCACCCAUCUCUUCCUCUCUGUCCACAGCAGUUGUCCAUGCACUAUCAGCUGCAGGAAUGCUGAAUGCACACUUUACACAUUUUGCCCAAAGAUUUGCAUAUUUGCAAGUUAACUGCUGUGAAUGUACUAGAUUUAGACGAAAGAGUCGAGAGGCAGAGACGCAGAAAACGAGUGUUGGAUGGAAGGAGGAUUGUUUUUCUUACAUGAUCGUUCCAUUAAAUCUUAAUUACCGGAAUGCUCCAACUCUUCAUGCUUCAUGACAUUUUCGGUCUACUGUUAGCUAGAGCUGAACUCAUUGUUCACAAAUGUAAAAUAAUGUUCUCAUUGGAAUUGAAAGGCAUGAAGUGAAGAAGCUUCAAUAUGUUGGCUUCUUAGCCCACUGCAAAUAAUAAUGUCAAGUCUAAUAUUUCAAAUAAGUCACAUGCUGGAAUCCUUUGAAAUGUUGAACUGUUGACUAUCAAAACCAAAUUUACCAUUUCCAUACAUCAAAUGGUUAAAGUUCAUUGGAACUCCAGAAAAGAAGUUCAACACUUUACUAAUGGCGCUUUUACACUGGCAGGUUAGUCCAAUUAUUGCAGUGGUUUGCCUAAAAAUAUGAAGUUUUGGGGGAAAAUAAAUUGCGCACUCACCUAAAUGAGGUUGUCGCAAAUCAGAGCCAGACAAACUGUAUUACAGUUCAUGUUCAGUCGGAAAGCAGUUUGUACCCCACCCCUACGAAAAUCUUGUGAACAUGUAACGGCAAAAUUAUUCUUGCAGAAUUCCGACUCAAACCAACAAUCCCAGUGGGAAAACAUGCUUUAGACGUCGUCUUUGACCACAGCCAAUUGUUUGGACACAGUCCUUUGAGGCUUUGAGGCACCAGGCUUCAGUUUCCAGUUUACUAUCAUAUCACCCUGAAGAAGGAUUAUCACUUCUGGCAGCUUUUGUAAAUAGCGUGAGAUCUUACACACAGGCCGCUCUGUGUGAAAUGAACCGUAUGUGGCAACAGCCCCAUCUCAGAUAUUUCAGCGUUUCUAUAGAUCUGCUUUAGUUUACGCAAUCAUUGCACUACAUCAUCAUACUUAGCUAUCGCACUCUCCAUGUGCACGCACUGCUAGCUUAGUCUGUUGGAGCACUCUGUCAAAUAUCCACUUAACAUUUGUUACACGUCCAGGAUGCACCUUUCCACCAAGAACCAUUUACUACAGGUCCACUUGCGAUAGAUCAGAGUGACACAUCAACUUCAACCUCCAGUGAAAUGCCUUUUUUUAUCACCGUUAUUACGGGGGAGUAUGUUGAACUUUACUAACAUUCAGUCAUAGUCUGACUUGGUUGAACUUUCUUGGUAUCAGUGGCAUCCCGGAGUGACUGUCUAUAACUACUGUGUUUGUCCAUGCUUGAUGUGUCCGUAUAUAAGAAAUUCACAGAUCUUUACCCCUUCCCUUUUGUCUGUAAAUUUCACCUCACCCACGCCAAACCAUCUCCACCAAAACAACAAGAAGUCAGAGCCCUCUGUGGCCGAACACAUUCAUAGUCUUCAGGUACUGGGAAGUAUUCUUAAGAGCUACGUAGCUUGGGAGCUCCCAGCUGUUCUUUGGUGAGACUGAAAUAAUAUCUCCACCUUACCAGCUACAUGUCCAGUCGUUCUGUACUGUUUUAAGUUCACUUGACCCAGCCUUGUAGGUGUUCUGCCAUCUCUGUUAUUUUAUCUGCUCAGUUAGACCCUAAUGCCUGAUGCAUUCUUGUAGAGUACUUAGACAUUGAGAACUAUGUUGAGAACGUUUGCCCAGUCGUUUGACCCCUCUAAGUGAAUGCAAAAAGGAUUUGUUUCAAAAAUGUUCUGUUUGUCUCUGGCAUAGCUCCGUCAAACUUUACAGGACAGUUUCGUAUCUAAGGAUAUUUACUGACUCAGUAAUGGAAUUUGGCAUUACUUUUUUUGCUGAUUAACUUGUUUCAAUUCCUGUUACAACUGAACAAGCCCUGCUCAAGCUCUCACAGGAUCAAAGAUCUUCUGCAUCUGAAAACGUGUUAUUUCUGUCACAUGUUUUAAAUUUUACAAUCCUCAACAAGUCUGAAAGUCUAAAACAUCUUCUAGGGUGAAACUACGAUUGUUCGUCCACCUACGUACCUGGAUCUUUUACAGAUUUAGAGAGAUUACUUUUUUGUUGUUGGUAGAAACCAAAGAAUCCCUCAUAUUGUCGAUCAACGAUGUUUUUUCCUCAGGCCUUCCUAAGUGAUCGGCUGUCUACGGGAUUCUUUAUUUUCUUGAACAGGUUUCUGGAUUUUUUUCUAAUAUGGGUCUUGUUUUCAUACUUUCGCCCAUUGUUUGAUUGUGGCUGCCUACCAGCUGCUUUUCAGAGAUCUUUGACAUGAUGGAAAAGACACAAAAGACGCAACUGAUGAGUAAAAAAAAAUAUUUUAUCAACAGGAACGAUAAGAGAAUAAGACCUAUUUUAAAAGAAAAAUGAUUUGCCUUUAAGAUAAUAAAUAAUAGCAAUCCAUACUCACAACUAAAUUCUGUUUGGAACAAAAAUGAUUUUGGUGCCGAUCCUGAUGCCAUUUAUUGGGGGAAAAGUGAGCAAUCCAGUGUCGUUGUUUAGUGAAAGCUGUCUUUUAGCACCUUUAUAUCAUCACAGUGAACUCAAACCAUAACUGUUCCUGGGAUGAGUUGACAUGUAGAGAAAAGAGAAGACAGCAGGUGUGUUUUUACCAUUACAACAUCCCUCUCACCCAUCGUACAGGGGCUCUGUUACUCUGAUACCUUUCAUAUUAACCUUUGAUCCAUAAACCUUCACUCCACAUCCGCUUUCCUCGCCUCUGUUACGUCACCUUCGUUGAUUUUGUUUUGUUUUAAGUUCUCUUGUUUUAUUUAAAAGAUUUUGCUGUACAAAGUGUUUAAAAUAUUAUUUGUAUUAUAUGAUGUUAGUAUGGUAAUGUUCUUUAUUAAGGAAGAAGAAAAUUUAUUUUUGUUACUGGUCUGUUUCAUAAUUCUUUUCUAAAUUGGUAUUGUAAGAUAUCUAUGCAAGAACUGUUAAGUGGAGCAUUUUUAUUUAAGAAUGUAAUAUGUGUAAUAAAUGGUAGAAUCUG